AUGCAUGCUGUGCCUGUGUUUAUUGCUGUCAUAACCUCUUAUGCUGCUGCUCAGCAGACCUUUCAAUCCACUGUAUUUGAAUUACCUGCCGAACUGCCAGCAGAAGAUUAUGCCCUUCUUUCCCAAAUUGAUGAUGUUCCUAAAAAAGAAAUUAAACAAAUAACAAAGCCAAAGAAAAUCGAUAAAGGAGCGCUGCAUCCUCCGAAAGUCGAGCCUCCAGCACAACCAUCACCUUUCGCACAACCUCAGAGCGUUUCUCAGCCAUCCAACCCUAUUACUCCUGUCCCUUUCUCUCUAUCGACCUAUCCUACUCUUCCUUCAGCUGCUCCACCUAUGCAAUUCACUAUAGCUCCGCUCAGUUUACCUGUAAAUUUUACACCACCACCAUCACCUCUUGUACUACCUACGCAUCCCACGCUGAGCCCAAUUAUACUUCCAAGUCAUCCUACGUUACCUCCGUUCACUUUCCCCACUCAUCCCACUCUCGCUCCACUUACUGCAGCUCCACCUUCACAGUUACCAAUGACUGGAACUGUUCAGUUUCCACAGUUCCAGCAGGUCGGAUCUCAGCCCCAUGUCAUCCAACCGCCUGAGCAGUUCCAGCAGUUCGGAUCACAGCUCCAAGCCAUACAAUCCCCCCAGCAGUUCCAGCAGUUCGGAUCUCAACCGCAAGCUAUCCAAUCCCCUCAGCAGUUCCAGCAGUUCGGAUCUCAAACCCAAGCUAUCCAAUCCCCCCAACAGUUCCAGCAGUUUGGAUCACAACCUCAGGCUAUCCAAACCACCCAGCAAUUCCAGCAGCUCGGAUCACAGCCCCAAGCCCUCCAAUUCUCCCAGCAGUUCCAGCAGUUCCAGCAGUUCGGACCUGUGCACCAGGCCAUCGAACCACCACAUCAACCGCAUCAAGGAAACCCUUCAUUAGUCCAAUCUCCAGAGAACUAUCAGCAAAGGAAUGAUGCUCAGAUUCCGUUUUUCCAAACUCAAUACCAACCUGCUCACUCUCAAAGCCAAGUACAACAAUCCAUAUUGCAAACGAAGGAGCAAGGUCGAAAUGCUGAACAACCACAAGUUCUAUACGGAGGCUUCCCUCAGCAGGAACAGCCCGUUUACUCACAGUUUCCUCAACUGCAACAGCUUGCGGCACAAACAACACCACAGCAGCCACAGCAGCAACAGCAGCUGCGUCCUCUACAACAACAGUACGGAGAAAGGAACUACGAGCAGCCCAAUCAUCUUAUUCAGCAGCCACAGAGUUUCGGUCCAACACAGUCGCAGACCCAACAGUUCGUGCAACCGGCAACGCCACAGUUCAUUGGGUUCCAACCAAAUCAGCAGCAACAACGUUAUGAACAGGUAUUUCUACCAAAUACUUUUUGUUAUUUCGGAAAAUGA